AAAAGAGGGCGCCUUUCCCUAGGGCCGGUGGCCCCUCCCUGCCUUUCCCUUCCACCUUGGUAGCUCUUUCCUGAUCGCUUCAUCUCGGAGGCUGCUGAACCAGGCCCCACUUCUGGAACCUUCUUGGGAAUGCUGCUCUGAUCAGCAGGAACCAUGAGCCCUGCAACUCCGGUCCCACCCGACUCCACCCUGGAAAGCCCUUUUGAAGAAAUGGCCCUGGUGAGGGGCGGCUGGCUAUGGAGACAGAGCUCCAUUCUCCGCCGCUGGAAGCGGAACUGGUUCGCUCUCUGGUUGGACGGCACUCUCGGCUACUACCGCGAUGAGACGGCACAGGACGAGGAGGACCGUGUGCUUAUCCACUUCAACGUCCGGGACAUAAAGGUCGGCCAAGAGUGUCAGGAUGUGCAGCCCCCAGAGGGCAGGAGCCGAGAUGGCCUGCUGACAGUGAACCUACGGGAGGGUUCCCGCCUACACCUGUGUGCGGAGACUCGGGAUGACGCCAUAGCAUGGAAAACAGCACUGUUGGAGGCGAAUUCCACCCCGGCCCCAGCUGGAGCCAUCAUCCCACCCAGGAGCCGUCGGGUUUGCCCUAAAGUCAGGUGCACGACCCUCUCAUGGAAACCCUGUCAGGUUGAGAGGCGGAUCUGGGUACGAGUCUACAGCCCAUAUCAGGACUACUAUGAGGUGGUGCCCCCCAACGCUCACGAGGCCACAUAUGUCCGCAGUUACUACGGGCCGCCUUAUGCAGGUCCUGGAGUAACACACGUGAUAGUUCGAGAGGAUCCCUGCUAUAGCUCGGGCGCCCCUUUGGCUAUGGGCAUGCUUGCUGGGGCUGCCACAGGUGCUGCUCUUGGCUCACUCAUGUGGUCGCCUUGUUGGUUCUGAGCUCUGGGGCUCUGACCUCCGGACAUGCACAUAGAACACAAGACCCUUUUCUUCCUGGACCACCCUCUGCUAUCUACCAUCUAAACUCUGUCCCAUUUUGACCUUUUUCUCUCCAUUAAGCCCUCUACGCCUAGCUCAUUCCUCCCAUCACUUAUCCUCCUUCCCUCUCAGAGGAAGCUAACAUUUCAGGCACAGAUAUGGCCGAAAAAUCCUCACACCUAUUGCCAGACACCCCCAUAAAUCACAUAUGAAUAUAUUUCUUUUAGACACAGCAAACAUAACUUCAUUUGGCUCCAAGUGUUUGAGAGAUGGAGAUCAGAAAAGGACAAACAACAAAGCCACCAGUCUGGCAAGGACAUGUGGGGGAAAGGGGAAAGGCAGGCAGUUUGGGUGCUGUUGGCAGCAAGCACCAGCAGACAUUAUCUUCACUUGUCCAAAGAAUCAAACACAGUUGGCUUGGCGCUGUGGCAGGGGCUGGAUUGUAGUUCUCCAGGCUAAGGAGCUUUUUGAUUUCAACUAUAAUGAAUGUUAUGCCUGUUGUUAGUACUGGCAGUACACAGACUUACCCAAACAGAGUUUGGCACCUUCUUCCCACUCCUAGCUUCUCCGUGAGAGUUGAACUAGCCCUAGGGUUUCUUGGCUGUGGGACAGUGAGCUCCUUGGGACCUCCAGCCUUGGGAAGUUGCUUCCUUUAGGAAAUGCCUUUCUGAUCCCAGGAGCUCAGCUCUAUAGCUUUGACUGAUACCAUCUGAGGCUUCUUCUCUUCCUUCACUCUGGGGGAGAUGGCAUUAUUUUGCUCAGGGGCCUGACCCACCUUGGCACCAUCCUGAGGAACCGCUCAUGUGCCUGCCUGUAGGUGGCAAGCAAUCUCUCCAUUUGAUCCUGUUCCAGACUCUUCCACUAUCCUUCCAUUCCCAGUUGCCAAUAGAAAAGCUAAAAUCCCUGGCCCAGUGGCCAGAGUGCCCACUAAAGUUCCCUGUAGACGAGGGCUCUGUUGGCUCAGACACUAAUAAAGACACGACUAGCCCCGAAA